GGCUUGGCCACCACAUUGAUUAUACUGGAUCUGUCCCACCUCAGUACAGAGUGUGGUGAUCGACAGCAGCCAUGAAUCCACAGGAGCAGUUGGAGCAGAGGGGGAAGUUUAGGAUGACUGUGUUCGAGGAGGAAUACUUCCAGGGCAAGAGCUGUGAAUUCACAUUUGAGUGCCAGAACAUUCUGGAUAGAGACUUCAGAAAGAUUCGCUCCAUUAAUGUGGAGAACGGCCCCUGGGUGGGGUACGAGUAUCCUGAGUUCCAGGGCCAGCCGUUUAUCCUGGAGAAAGGAGACUAUGCCUGUUACCAGGCCUGGAGUGGCAACAGCAGUUACAGAACAGAGCACAUGCUCUCUUUCAGGCCUAUUAAAUGUGCUCAAGGGGAGGAGACAGGAGAGCCGGAAGCUGCUACUUUUGGAGUAUGUUUUAACUACUGUACGAACCUGUAA